GAAAAAGGCAGAAAUCGGAGAGGAAAAGCGCUCCAUAUGGUCAAUUCUCCACUCACCCUCUAGGUCAACCACACAAAAAGCAAAAGGAAGAACAAAAAUAAAGGAAACUGCUGGUCACCAUGGCUGCAGUCUGCUGCAGAAAAUACACUUGGUAUUAUUGGCUAUUCCAGUUCCAAAUGGGCAUGCCGGCUUGGAUAGCCUUUGCCAUCAUCUUGUUAAGUCGCUCGAUCGCCGGAGCUCAGAAGCUGAAAACUUCCGGCUUUGAGUUGGGGCCCUUCGACAACUCCCAUUAUGAUUCCUUGGCAGUUGUACAACCGGCUAUGAUCAGCAACGGAGCCCUGCAGGUGACUCCCGAUUCGGCCGGUAACUUCAGCCUAGCGCACAGGUCAGGCCGAGUAUUGUUCAAUCGACCAUUCAAGCUUUGGGAGGGAGAUGGCAAUGGAAGGGUGGCUUCCUUCAACUCUUCCUUCCUCAUCAACAUCUUUCGGUUGAAUAAUGAUUCAGCCCCGGGCGAAGGUUUCGCCUUCAUCAUAGCGCCGGACCUGAACCUCCCACCUGGCAGCGACGGUGAGUACCUUGGGUUGACCAACUCCACCACCGACGGCAACCCCAACAACCACUUGAUCGCCGUGGAGCUGGACACCUUCAAACAGGAUUUUGAUUCCAAUGACAACCAUAUUGGCCUGGACAUCAACAGCAUCCGAUCUAAUAGAACCGUGUCCUUGUCCGACUUGGGCAUCCAGAUCGCCCCUUUGGAUCCGAAGAAUUACAGCGUAUGGGUAGAGUACGACGGCGAAAACAAGGUCAUGGACGUAUACAUGGUGGAGGAAGGGAAUCCCAGGCCCGCCGAACCAGUGAUGAGCGCGAAGGUUGAGUUGAGAGAGAUAGUAAAGCAGUACUCGUACAUGGGAUUCGCGGCGUCAACAGGGAACGCGACUCAGCUCAAUUGCGUGCUGCAGUGGAACCUGACUGUGGAGUUGCUGGAGGAGGACGGGGACGCCGAGUGGGUGAAGGUGGUUUUGGGUGCUGGGGUGCCGGCCAUAGUAGUCGUGCUCAUAGCUUGUGUGUUUUUGUGGUAUUACGUCCAGAAGAAGCGGAGGGCAAAGUCGGAUCCAAACAUAUUGGGAACCCUGAGAAGCCUGCCGGGGACGCCCAGGGAAUUUGAGUUCAAGGAUCUGAAGAAGGCCACAAACAACUUCGAUGAGAAGCUGAAGCUGGGUGAAGGUGGCUUCGGAGUCGUGUACAAAGGACUACUGCCCAAGGAGCAUGUUCAUGUUGCCGUCAAGAAGUUCUCCAGAGACGUCAAGGGUAAAGACGAUUUUUUGGCUGAGCUUACCAUAAUUAAUCGCCUUCGCCACAAGCAUCUUGUUCCAUUACUCGGAUGGUGCCACAAGAAUGGAAUGCUUCUUUUGGUGUAUGAUUACAUGCCAAAUGGGAGUCUGGAUAAACAGCUUUUCUGCGGAAGGGAGAUGCGGACGCUGGAAUGGAGUGUGAGGUACAAGAUCAUAGCGGGGGUAGCAUCAGCAUUACAUUAUCUUCAUAACGAGUACGAUCAGAGAGUGGUGCAUCGGGACCUUAAGGCCAGCAACAUAAUGUUGGAUUCCAACUACAAUGCGCGGCUAGGCGACUUUGGACUUGCGCGAGCCUUGGAGAAUGAGAAGAACUCAUACGCGGAGCUGGAGGGAGUGCCGGGUACAAUGGGUUACAUUGCACCCGAGUGUUUCCAUACUGGGAAGGCCACCCCAGAGUCUGACGUCUACGGGUUCGGGGCGGUCUUGCUGGAGGUGGUGUGCGCUCAGCGUCCUUGGGCCAGCGACGCUACCUUCCACUUCUUAGUGGAUUGGGUGUGGUGUCUGCAUCGAGAAGGGCGCAUAGUUGAGGCGGUGGAUGAGAGGCUGGGGAAUGAUUACGUGGUUGAGGAGGCUCAGAGGCUUCUGCUGCUGGGGCUGGCUUGCUCGCAUCCUAUAGCCACUGAGAGGCCCAAGACACAGGCCAUUGUUCAGGUUUUAUCGGGAUCUGUAUCGGUGCCCUAUGUCCCGCCCUUCAAGCCCGCUUUUGUGUGGCCAUCCAUGGCUUCUGUUCCCACGGCUACCGAUAUUGACAUCACGGAUGAUACAUCCUCUCGUUUCGACUCUGGUUGGACCCCAGAGUGCAUUAGCCGGGAGAGCUACGUCUGAUCAUCGUACUUCUUUCUCUCAAUUCCUUCUUCUUAAUUUCUUUUUGUUUUCUAUUCCUUUUCUUUAAAUUUUUUAAAAUACUUCUUCCCUA